AUGGAGUUUGGUAUUGCACCAAUUUCCAAAUCACAACAAUGUCCGAUUAGUCCGAAUUGGAGAGACCCUGAUCCGUCACCGAAUCCACCACCUUCUCCUCCAUUGAUGACAGUUGUACCAUCAAAGACAUCUUCGUUCUGCAAUGUAAAUCAAUGGAGUGUAUGGAGUCCAUAUGGCGCACCGGGUACACUAUCCGAUGCCAGUGGAUUUUCGAAUGGUGUAGACGUUUCCGGAAGCAUAUUAUUUGCACAGAAAAAUUGGUAUCCAAACAAUGAAUAUUUAGUCUUGAAUCAACCAAUACCUUUGUUGAAAGCAGGUGUAUCACAUACCUUUAAGUUUCAAUUCCUUUUGCGUGAGGUCCAACAGUUUGGAAAUACAAUUUCCAAUAUCACACUGAAUUUCUUGCCAUACUUUCAAACUGCGGUUGCCGACCCAGAGUCACAGGCAUUGGGACCCGUAACCAACUCUAAAUACUCUUACACUUGGAAAGGCUAUUUCAACCUUACCAAAAAUUGGAUGAAUCUAACCCAUACAUUCACACCGACCACCAAUAUCAUCAACUCUGUCAUGGUAGUACAAUUCAAUUUGAAUUCAAAAACACAGGUAUUAGGAUAUUAUUUCAAAGGUUCGUCGCUAAUGGUCUCUCAAUAUCCAGUUGUAAUACCACCAAAUCUACCAAGUUACAGUGAGCUGGUAAAGAUUCCGAGACCGACCAACCAAAUUGUACCUCAAAAUAUUUCAAAUUGUCCUCAUCACAGAGGCGAUUUGGUACAUUGGCAUAAUCCAGCAACCUGGCCUGGCAACAUAGUUCCAUCACCCAGUACCAAUAUUACCUUACCGGAAAAUAGCCGAGUUUUGAUUUCCUCAUGUUCUUUACAACCAAAUGCCAUUUACACGAAAAUAGAAGUACCACAAUCAUCGGAAUUGAUAUUUAGUGAUGGUUUCUAUGAGGUUCAUGUCAGAGAUAUUAUGGUCAUGGGUAAACUUUGGAUUGGUAGCAAAGAUUGUCGUUUGAAUGGAAAUGUCACUAUUGUUUUCCAUGGUGCUAAAUCCAAUCUCGAUACAAUACACGAUAAGGCAGGAACCAAGGGUAUGGGGAUUUCUCGAAUGGGAUUCGUUAGUAUGCACGGUAAAAAGUAUUUCAAUACCUGGACACGUUUGGCAGCUACAGCAUAUCCCGGUGAUUUCAUUAUUAGCCUUCAAGAUCCAGUCAAUUGGGAAGUCGGUCAGGCGGUAUUCAUUACAACCUCUCAAAUCGAAGAUGAGUUUACUCAUCAAAAUGAAUUGCUAACGAUUGCUGCCAUCAGUCAGAGUGGAACACUCAUUCAAUUCACUACGCCAUUAUGUUACUAUCACUAUGCAGGUCCAGAGUAUCAAUCCGAAGUUGGUAUGUUGACUCGUAGAAUUACUUUGAUGGGUGCAAUGGAUAGUGAAGAUGAGAAUUUCGGUGGUCAUUUCAUGUCGAUGGGUGAAGGACAGAUUGCAGGAGUCGCUACCAACAGAAUGGGUCAGUUGAAUAUGAUGGGUCGUUAUCCAUUCCAUUUCCAUAUGGCAGGUACACUAAAGAAUUCCUACAUAACCGAUUGUAGUGUUUUAAAUGCAUAUUUUAGAUGCUACACCAUUCAUGGAACAAACAAUGUUACAGUCUCUGAGAAUGUCGCAUUCAAUAGUUUAGGACAUUGCUUCUACCUGGAGGAUGGUGUCGAAGAGAACAACACAUUGAGUUACAAUCUGGCAGCCUAUGUCCAUAUCAUUGGUGAGCCUGCAUCUGGUUCUAGUCAAGGUGGUGAUUAUAUAGAAGGAACAGAAAAUAGAAUUCAACCAGCUGAUUCAACUGCAUCUGGAUUUUAUAUUUCUAAUGCGUUUAAUAGAUUUAUUGGAAAUGCAGCAUCUGGUGGAUGGGCAGGAUUUAAUCUUCCAAAUCAAUAUAAACCAAUGGCUUUAAAUAGAAAUGUUAGUAUGAAUCCAAGUGAAAGACCGUUCAUUCAAUGGGAAGGUAAUACCGCCCACUCCAGUGGUUAUUUCUGGGAUUUCGGAACAACCGUUUAUGUUGGUGAUUUCAAUAAUACAAAGACAUUCCUUUCCACUGGUCAAUGUAUUUCGCAUUGGGGUACCGAGGUUGAAGUGGUCGGAUACGAGUCACACGAUUGUGGAAGAGCAGGUUCACUCUUUGGAAAAGCAUGGUUAAGCAAUGCAAUUGUAAAUGGACAAUCUGGAAACCCAUUGUCCUAUGAUCCUCAGAACUACCAUAGACAAGGAUUUAUGAUGUACGACACACUGGUUCAAACGAUAUUGACAAAUAUCAACUUUAGAAAUUUCAUUCACAAUCCAAACAAUCCACCAAUUGAUGAAGACAAUGUUGUCUUUAUGUCUCUCACCUAUUCGGAUCUCUAUAAACCACAAGGAAUCUCUGGAGUCUCCAAUAUCACCUACACCAAUGUCUCUCCAAAUCAAAUUCUUGGUCACCUAGCAAUUGAUACUGGAUCAUCGAGAUAUUUCAACUAUAUAGAUUGGGAUGGUAGUUCUACACUUAAAUAUCCUAAUAAAACCUUGGUUGGUUCCCACGUUGAUUGGUGGAAUCACGACAAUAACUGUAAGUGGAAUCCAAAUAACAUGGGUGUAUGGGUUUGUUCGCCAAAGAGACCAGAGAUUGAAAUUGCCAACUUGGAAAUCAUCAUCCCAGGCAUAAUUUAUUACUCUGGUGAUUAUGGUUUUCCUGCCGAAUCAGUAGUAGGUACCUUCUCUUUGUUUGGCAAUGGAAUCACCGACCGUCGUCAGCUCCAAGUGACAAAGAACCCCCAAGUUACAGGUGUCUCCAAUAUGGGAUGGUAUUUAAAUCUCGAUCAAGGUUCACCAGUAAAUCAUACCGUACAUGUUUUCCAAGUUCCAUACGGACACUGGGUUAUCUAUUCUUUAUCUUAUCCAGCAGGAACCACAUUCAAUAUCUCCACCAAUCACCAUAGAAAUUCAUCGUUUAAUCAACCGGUCACUCAAGUAAACUCAUUAUCAGCUCUCAGAUUAGGAAAUGGUUUGAAAUAUUUCUUUGACCAAAAGAAUUUGUUCAUCAAGAUUGUAGAUAUUUCAUUGACAGGAGCAGCCACAGAAUACUAUGAAAGAGGUGGUGUCAGAGUGUACAAUUCCAAUCUUCCAGGUGAAUAUUUCCUUGGAUUGGAAUACAAUAUUGUUGCCAAUUGUCCACCAUCAACUGUUGCACCACUCCCCGAAGGAGGUUCAGUUUGUACUGCUACCAAUCAAUUACCAUACUAUUAA